AUGCUCAUGGAAGCCACCAAAAUGUACUCCUCGAUUGAUCCUCCUCAACCCCAAGCUGGUCCUUCUUCCAAGCCUAUUCGAAGGUGUCCACAAGCUCUCUGUGGUCACGCUAUAUUUCCUCCAAAAUGGAAGUAUGGCAUAUGUCCGACUUGCUUGGAGCAAUUUCGCAACCCAACGAAGGCACAACAGGAUGAGGCUCGCGCGAACGCGUCAAGGGCAGAGAGAGAUUAUAGGGGAAAUAGUGCCGUAGCUUCAACGUCGAGGAAUACGGACAGUAACGGGUACAUGUCGCGUCCAGCUCUUGUAGUGCCGUCGAUGCCUCCGACCGUCCAAUUGGCCCAGUGUUACUUCUGCACCACACGGAUUAUUGUGCCAAUCGGCCACCAUCCUUCUUCCGGACCGUUGGUCUGCGAGACGUGUUUUGCGUUAGCAGUUGUCCGACAUCGAGAGCUCCAGCGUCAGCAAGAAAUAAAUCAUUCGCCAAGAAUACCCCAACAACCUGUCGUUCCUCCCGCCGUACCACAUCUGCCGGCUUCGUACACGACACUUUCAUUACCGGGCCCUCCAAACUCCACCGACGCUCCUCCACCACAGGUCACUACAACAGGUCAUCAGCGCAGACAUUCGAUUGUCUCUGUUCCACCGGCAGAGCUCCAGAGCCCUGAGCCGGAGGGUACGGCUUGUAUAUCUCGGUCCGUUAGGAGAAGCCAUGAGACCGAAGGAAACACCAACGGCGCUUAUACGGAGCCCGCUACGGUCCUGCCGAUUCCUGAUGAUGAUAUAAAUCUCGACGGCCUGGUUCUGCAAUACCCUGAAGACGAUGCCUUUGUACAGGACUCUUCGGACUUCCCCAUGCUUGACGGCACCAUGGACGCUGCGGUCGAGGCAAGCAGCGCACUUCCACCCCACUCCCAGUCGUACGACGCCCCAGAGGAUUGGGGUAGUAUGUCUGAGUUGACAGAGCUUUCUGACCUUGAUUCCGAUUCCGAUUCCGACUCGUCUGAUGAUGUGCCACUAUCUAGUAUGCAUCCUAACAGACCAUCGGGCUUGAAAAUUCGGCUUCGUAUCCCUCCCGGAUUUCGCUUCGAACAGCAACCCAGAAUCUGUGCCCAUCAUUCUUGUAACUUGCCCGUCAAGCCCGGUUCCCGGUGGAAGCUCUGCGAUUCCUGUCGAGCUCGAUAUCGACAGUACCAACGUCAACGCCUUGGUAUCAAACGACCGCGCCUGGAUAACAGUGAGGAUGCCCAAAUGUUGGGCGACGACAAGGCUAUCCCUGAUCUUGGUGUAAAUUCUCGCAAAUGUAGCGUCAAACACUGCCAUAGACCGUUGCCGCCAGAGGGCGUUUAUCAUUGGAAGUUAUGCUCCCAGUGUCGCACACGUUCACGUGCACAGAACAAACGCUCUCGUGCAUUCGGGAUACUACGGUCGGCAGAGGGAAAGACAGAAACCGAAAUAAGGCGAGAUGGCGGUUUGGCUCGAUACCUGAUCUCGAACUUCAAGAGGCAGAGCAAGUUGCGAAAGAAGUUAGGAUUUGAUGAUACUAGCGGUGGCGAAAGCAAGACUGAGAAUAGCGCAGACAGCGGACGUGAUCUCGAUCCCAGUGCCUUGGAUAUCCCAGAUGUCAAGGUACCAGAAGUAACUGUCGGGAUGAAGAGUCCCACGGCAAGCUUCCAAGAUCUCAGCGAGUUACUGGGGACUAUGCGAGCAUAUCUUUCCGAUUUCUUGCACGCACAGCUCCAGUACAUAUCCCUUCGCAAACUGAAGGAUGGAACCAUAGAAGAACCACUGGAACCUUUCAUCUUCUCCUUUGAUGGAGAGUUUUCGAUCUGCGCGCAGAACGCCCUGAAAACCGAGCAGACUCUGGUUCGGGUGGCGCACCUGAUGAAUGAGGUUCGGAGCACACUGGCGAUUGAGUUCAAGCCCAUGGCGCCUCCGAUCCUCCGCGAGGGAGAACUCAUCGCUCCGUUCGCCUGCAUGCAUACCUUCGCAUUACCUAUUCCAGUCUUCGACAGCGAUAUCCUUCAGACGCAGCAGAAAGAAGAAAAUGGACAAGCCUCACCGGUGCUGGCAUCUAGCUCAGAACAGGUCGCCGCACCGCGUGUCAGGUCAGAACCCCCCUGUUCAUUGGCCUUGAACGCCGAAGAUUCACUACGCUCUCGGAAACAUCCUCCUCGUUUUGCCUCAGCCCCGCCGUCAACCGUCUCAGUUAUGGCUUCAUCCGCCUCAACGUCAGUUCUUGAUGUGAAUGAGGUCGAUCAAUCCCUCGGUGCUGAGAGUCUCUCGGUCGACCCGCCCUUAUCACCUACACCGCCAAAGGAGCCAUCUUUGCCCUCUCCGACUACUCUUCUUGAGGCCAAGCCCGUGACGGAGGCAAUGCUUCCGCUCUACCACUCGCCGACCUCACCGAUAAUUCCACCUCUUCAACCGCACUAUUCAUCCAUACCAGGCUCACUAGUUGCGGUCGCAGAAAGCGAUCCCUCAACGUUCGAGGUUCAGAUGGCGGAAGUUACGGUCCCAGGUGGCUCAGCCACUGUUGAGGUUCCGUCUGAGAUUGUCAACGAAGGAAAUGCGAAUGUAGAAUGUGAUGAAAAGACUUUCGGUUCAUCACACAGCAAUAUCCCUGUCUUACCACCGGCUCCCGACACCGAUUCCGAUUCCGACUCUUCGUCCGAAGAACCCUUAGCACGUCGUCUGAAAUUGUUCACCGCGAAACCCAAGGACCUGACCAAAAUCAUGCUGCCCACUUCCACGCAGUCGUACGGUCAUGGUCCCAUUCCCGAGGCCCUUUCCUCACCAGCAUCGCAGACGAUCUUGCUCCCAAGGAAGUUGUCCGGAGAACUCGAGAUCCGAGUCGCGGAGGAUUGGAGUCAUCCUUUCCUUGCGGGUCAGCGGACGACCGUGCGGUUGCGUUUGUUGGGUUGA